AUGUCAGUCCUAUUCGAGACGCUCACUCGGAUUAUGGCCACCGAGUUGACUGUCCAGUCGGAGCGUGCGUUCCAGAAGCAGCCGCACAUCUUCCUCAACUCCAAGACCAAGGCCAAGAGCGCCAGACCGGGCAAGGGCGGCCGACGAUGGUAUAAGGAUGUCGGUCUGGGUUUCCGUACCCCCAAGACUGCCAUUGAGGGCAGCUACAUCGAUAAGAAGUGCCCUUUCACCGGUCUCGUCUCCAUCCGCGGCCGUAUCCUGACCGGUACCGUCGUUUCCACCAAGAUGCACCGAACUCUGAUUAUCCGAAGAGAGUACCUCCACUUCAUCCCUAAGUACUCUCGUUAUGAGAAGCGCCACAAGAACCUUGCGGCCCACGUUUCUCCCGCUUUCCGUGUUGAGGAGGGUGACCAGGUCACCGUUGGCCAGUGCCGACCUCUUUCCAAGACUGUUCGUUUCAACGUUCUGCGUGUUCUGCCCCGAACUGGCAAGGCGGUUAAGAAAUUCAGCAAGUUCUAA